AUGAAGGCAUUUGAUUAUAAACAGAGUAAUUCAGACCAUACUUUAUUUAUCAAACACAAAGAAGGGAAGGUAACAGCUUUAAUUGUGUAUGUCGAUGAUAUGGUCUUAACAGGAGAUGGUCGUUGUGAAAUGAAAUUAUUGCAGGACUAUUUGGCUGCUAAAUUUGAAAUGAAGGAUCUUGGGCAACUUAAAUAUUUUUUAGGUAUUGAAAUAGCAAGAUCAGAACGAGGGAUUUUCCUUUCACAGUGGAAGUACAUUCUGGAUUUGUUGACUGAAACUGGAAUGCUUGCCUGCAAACCAGCAGAAACUCUGAUGGAGACUGUAAUUGAGAUUGCACAAAAUCCUGUACAAUAUGAUCGCACCAAACAUGUUGAAGUUGAUCGUCAUUUAAUUAAGGAAAAACUAGACCAGAAGGUUAUACAGUUCCCAUUUGUCAAGUCAAAAUACCAGUUAACUGAUAUACUCACAAAAGCAGUGUCUGGAAAAAUAUUUCAUGAUAUAGUUGACAAGUUGGGCAUGAUAGAUAUCCAUACUCCAACUUGA